AUGAUUUUUUUACAUGGAUUAGGUGAUCUAAAUGCAAGUCAAAGUUAUGAAUUUAAAGAUUAUCUAAAUUCUGAUUUAUCAACAAAUCCUUUUACUCUUCAAGAAAUCGGUCAACUAACUGGACUCAAAUAUAUUUUACCUAAAGCUCCUUUUAGACCUAUUACUGUUUUUGAUCAUCAAAUUCAUCGUGGUUGGUUUGAUAUUAAAGAUUGGAGAGAUUUGAAUUUUUUAGAAGAUGAGGAUGGUUUGAAAGAUAGUUCUAUUAAGAUUUAUAAGCUUAUUAAAGAUUUAAUUGACAAAGGUCAAAUUGAUAUGGAUUUUACUAUUCUUGCUGGGUUUAGUCAAGGUGCAGUUAUGUCAUUUUUACUUACCUUGGUACUCCCUCAACCUCCUUUUGCUACAUUGAUUAUGUCAGGUUAUCCACCUUUACCAUUUAGAUGGCCAAUCUUAACUUCAUCAAAUCAAAACCUUUAUAAGAAAACUUCAUUAUACUUUAUACAUGGAAUUAUAGAUCAAGUAUUAGAUUAUAAUAAAUCUAAAUUUGGUUUUAAACUAUUCCAAUCAAUCUUUAAUGAAAAAUUCAAACAAAUCAAAUUUAAAACUUUUUCAAAUUUAUCACAUAAUUUCAAUUUUGAUGAAUUAAUAGUGGUGACUAAUUGGAUUCAAGGAAUUGUGCAAGGUCAAAGUGGUGGUGGAUUUGAUGAAAAGUUUGAUGGUUUUUUAGUACCUGAAAAUGAUUUAGAUGAUUUUAUUGCAUGA